AUGAACAGCUUCUCUAGAAGCUUCAUUAAGUUUUCAUCAGUGAAUGCCUGUAGGCUUGUACGAACGCCAACACUAGUGCAAAGUCUUGGUUUUUACGGUGUGAGAUGCUAUGCUAAGAAGCCGAAAGGUAAAAGAAAAGUGCGAGAGUUGAAGCCCGUUACAUUUACAAUACCAAAUUAUGCAUCCGUGAACAACCUAUCCAACAUGCUUAACGUCAAGAUUGAGAAACUGAUUCGGGACUUGACUUCUCUAGGUUUUGCAAAUGUCACUCAUAAUUAUAUCCUUUCCCGAGAAUACAUUGAAUUGAUCCUCCAGGAGUACAACUAUAAGAUUGACGGUGAAAAUACUGGCACUACCUUUGAAAAUGUUUAUGAAGAGCUAAAGUCACCAGUGAAUCCCAAGAAUCUUGCCCGAAGACCGCCUAUCGUAACAAUUAUGGGCCAUGUGGAUCAUGGAAAAACUACUAUAUUGGACUAUUUGAGAAAAUCUUCUAUCGUAAGCGAAGAGCAUGGGGGUAUAACACAACACAUAGGAGCUUUUCAAAUAAAUACCCCACUUUCAGGCAGAAAAAUCACUUUCCUCGAUACCCCAGGACAUGCAGCCUUCUUAAAAAUGCGAGAGCGUGGGGCAACAAUAACAGACAUAGUAGUAUUAGUCAUCUCGGUCGAAGAUUCUAUAAUGCCGCAAACACUUGAGGCCAUAAAGCAUGUUAGAAACUCUGGCAAUGAGCUGAUUGUAGCCAUAACGAAAAUUGACAAAUUUUCAAAUAAAAAAGAGAGAGAAAGGGCGAUCGACAAGGUAACAAAUGAUCUGAUGAACAACGGGGUACCGAUUGAAAAAAUGGGUGGUGAUGUACAAGUCAUUCCUAUCAGUGCUCGCACGGGAGAAAAUAUGGAUUUGCUUGAAGAGAGCAUUAUUUUACUCAGCGAUAUCAUGGAUUUGAAAGGAGAACAAGGUAGUAAUACCAACUCUGAAGGCUGGAUUCUAGAAAGUGAAGUGAAGAAGUCUAUGGGAAAUGUCAGUACUAUUUUGAUGACCAGAGGUAUUUUAACAAAGGGAAAGGUUUUAAUUUGCGGAAAUACCUAUUGUAAAGUUAGGAGUAUAAUGGAUGAAACAGGUCGUCAAAUCAACCAAGCCGCACCUUCGCAAGCUGUUGAGAUAACAGGCUGGAAAGAUCUACCGCAUGCUGGUGAUGAAGUGAUUCAAGUUAGUAAUGAAUCUAUGGCAAAGAAAUUCGUCGCUAAACGUCAAUCGCUUCUUCAGUCUGCUAGAGAAGCUGCAAAUGUCGAAAAAUUAAAUCAGCAAAGGUUUUUAGAAGCCAUCAACAAGGAGAAAAAGGAUGAAAUGAGCACUGACGAUUUGGAUGGUGAAGAAGGUGCUGACCAAGCGGGCCCCCCUGGACCGAAGAAGGUCAAUUUUAUAGUCAAGGCUGACGUGUCUGGCUCCGUCGAAGCAAUUGUUGAAAGUAUCUCUUCACUAGGAAAUGAAGAAGUAGUUUCAAACAUUGUCUCCGCAGCAGUGGGUAUACCCAAUGAGAAUGACAUGAAAAUGGCACGCAUUACCGACAGUACGAUUCUAUGUUUCAACUUAGGUAAUCUACCUUCCGAUGUUUUGAAUAAUAAAGACAAAAUUGAGGUCAGGCAAUUCAAUGUUAUUUAUAAACUUAUUGAGGAUGUCACAGAAAUUCUGACCGAAAAUUUGAAGCCUGUUUAUGAGGAAAGGCAACUAGCAACGGUCGAAAUCCGUGAAAUUUUCAACUUUUCAUUAAAGAAGAAACUUAUAAGGAUCGCAGGAUGUAAAGUUACAAACGGCCAACUGAUGAGGAAUUCCGCGAUUAAAAUAUUAAGAGGCCCUGAUGAAAAGUGUGUAUACGAUGGAAAAAUUGCUACCUUGAAACAGGGAAAGGAAGAUACUAUUUCUGUCAAAAAAGGCAACGAAUGUGGUGUAACAUUUGAAAACAACUUCGAAGAUUAUGAAGCUGGUGACAAGAUUGUUGUCUAUGAAAAAGUGAAAGUUCCUAGGUAUCUCUGA